GCUAAAAAACUCGCGCAAGCGUUAAACUUCUGCCAACAUCCUCUAUAUCUAGACGCUUGGUUUCUAACAAUGGCAUUAUUUCGCGAUGACGACCGAAGUAGUGAUCAUAGAAGGUGACAGCAAGAAAAACAGUGACUAUAGUCUUCAACUGAAUCGAUGGUUCUUAAAACCGAUCGGCGCUUGGCCAUCGUCUCCUUCCACGACAAGACUCGAAAAGAUUGUUUCAUUUAUUUUGAACAUCGUUUGCUUCAGCACCUUAAUUCUUACUGCGAUUCCUAGUUUACUAGUAAUAAUUCUGGAAGACGAGACGUUCAACUUCAAAUUGAAAACCUUCGGUUUUGUGAAUCAUUGGUUCGUCAGCAGCUUUAAUUACGCGGUUUUAUUAAUUCACAACAAAGACAUACGAAAAUGCGUGUCAUACAUAGAAGCUGACUGGCGAACAGUGACCAGAGAGGAAGAUCAACACGUGAUGUUGAAAAACGCGAGAAUCGGUCGCUACAUAGCGGCGUUCACCGCAAUUUUUGUGCAAUCAAGCGUCCUGUGCUUUUGUUUUGUGACAGCAUUAAAUACAGUAGAGAUUCGAAUUGCGAAUGAGACGAGAGUUUUACAUGUGCUACCUUGUGCAGUAUAUAAGAAGCUGGUGAACGUCGACGAAAUUCCAACAAACGAAUUCAUGCUUUUCUUGCAAAUUUGGUCUACUGUUAUCGCAAAUUUUAGUACAAUUGGGAUCUUUAGUCUCGCAGCAGUUCUAACUGCUCACGCAUGCGGUCAGCUAAAUGUUAUUACAUUGUGGAUCGCUGAAUUUGUCAAUGAAACCAGAGUAGAGAAGAAAACUGGUGGUUUCAUACAAAUUGGAGUAAUCGUAGAACGACAUCUGAGGACAUUGAAUUUUAUAUCAUAUAUCGAGGAUGUGAUGAAUAAAAUCUGUUUGCUGGAAAUGUUAAGGUGCACGAUGGAUAUAUGCGUAAUUGGCUACUACAUUCUAUCGGAAUGGGCAGAGCAUGAUAUUCGAAAUUUGGCAUCGUAUUUUAUGAUGUUCGUUACAAUCUGUUUUAACAUUUUCGUAAUAUGUUACAUCGGUGAACUAUUAACGGAACAGGUAUCAGCGAGACAUUAACACUCUAACCCUAAAACUACCAGAGUAAUCAAAAUUAAUAAUUAAUCAUUUUCAUAUAACUUUUAUAGAUUCACAAUGAUACAUUUUUGGUAAUUUGAAUGAUUUUUUCAUAUGUCAUUCAUUUUUUCAAUUUCUUUGGCACCUACAUGUUUCAUACAUCGCUCUAAUGUUAAUACGGGGUAAUAUAAAUUCUGGAAAUCAAAUUCGUGAUGAUUAAUUCAACAAAUUCUUAACAGUGCAAGAAAAUUGGUGAAGUCGUUUACAUG